AUGCCUACUCUUGUCCGUGCGCGACGAACGCGCAAGGUGCAGUGCUUCCGCCUCAGCUCGUCUCGCCGAUAUCGCUUGCUAACUCGUCAUGCAUCAGGUGCCUGCAACUGUUUUUUCUCCGCACUCUCUAAGACGGCCGUCUUUCAACCUGCUACGUUUGAAGGUCCUGCCGGAGUUGACGGCCGGCUAGAUGAGAUUGCGCAAGCUCAUGUCCAGGGCUUUGUGGAGCAAAAGAGGCCCCAGGGGGGCCAGCGUCCAAAUGCGCCACCAUCAGAGCUUUACCAACCACUGAUGGAUGGAGAAAUUCGCGUCUUGGAGCUGCAUGCAGGAGAACCUGGAAGCCCGUUGCAAGGAACUCUACACACAGUCAGCAUCGACUUCUCGCAUCCUGCAAGAGAGGAGCAAUAUACCCAGCCUUUCGACAAUCCAGCAAACACGAGUAGAAGAACCUUGACCUUUACCAGACACACCAAUCAUGCUGUUUCACUUGUCACUGGGAAACCAGUUUGGUUUACUGCGCUGAGCUAUGUCUGGGGUGCACCUGACUUCGACCACACCAUAUCUUUUGAGCAUGGGCAAAAAAAGAUAACAGCAACCCUCGCUGGAGCUUUGGAACAUCUACGGUCAAAUGAGCAUAGUGUUAUUCUAUGGACGGAUCAAAUCUGCAUUAACCAACUCGACACCCCUGAGAAGGUGCAACAGAUUCCACUGAUGGGCAUGAUCUAUACACAUGCUACCAACACCCUCAUAUGGCUCGGCGACGAUAACGGAGAAGACCCAGUUCUGGCUCUCGACUUGAUGGAGACCGUCUACGUGCGGCUUCAAGGGACUGAUGCGCAAGUGACGCCCGCUGACUUUGAGAGGCUGGACUUUCCGUCUAGUUCAGAUCGAGCAUGGUGGGCCGUCCGCCAACUCCUCCGGCGACCUUGGUUCGGUAGAUUGUGGACCAUACAAGAAGCCGUUCUUUCAAGAAAUCUGUUCAUCAAGUGUGGCAAGGCCGAGGUUUGCUGGGACGACUUCGCAGCAUGGUGUCACGAUCUGAGAGAAACGCAUCUUCUUGGCUGGCUAACAGCAGAUGCCGCGUUGGUCGAAAGGUAUGGCGAAGUGCGGAACGCUUGGACACUGCCACCACAAGGAGCGACCGUGACCAACUCGAUACAGGCUGAUCGAUUGCAAGGCUUGACACUUGUCCAACAAGAAGCUUUACUGACCAUUCUGGUGUCGACACGAUAUGCACAAGCGACGGAACCAAAAGACAAGAUUUACGGUGUACUGGGCAUAGCAGAUUCGACUGUAGUACCGGAUUAUCGUCCAGAGGUUUCUGCUAGAGAAGUCUAUCAUGAUGCCUGCUUAACCGAGAUACCGCUACGCAUAUAUGAGCUGCUGAGCUGCGUCGAUCAUGAGGAGCCACUCCGGCCAUCGUGGGUACCUGACUGGAGCACCCCGCGUGUAACCGAUGCUUUGGGCUACUUGACAAAAUCCUGGGCUCUGUAUUGCGCAGGCGGUAGGCCUGUCACAGGAGCGCAACCACCGAGGGUUAUCUUGAGCGGCGACAAGCAGGAGAUCACGCUGUGCGGCAAGAUUUUCGAUACCAUCGCCAUCAUAGGCAAUGUCAGCCAAGAUCCUAUCCUCGAUAUCAACGAUCCGCUACUGAGCAAUAGUGAUCUAAAAUCCUACGCCGAGCUUAUCAUGGGUGCGGGUCGAACGCACACAUACCUCUUACUAGGCACAUCAACCUACGACGCCUUUCUACACACAUUGCUCGCAGGACGUGACGGCUCGGGCGUUGCACCACCCUCAAAAGAUCACAACGAGGUAUUCGGUUUGAUCCUCGAUGCCACAACAGGAAAGUCUCUCUCCCUCCCCGGCCAGACUAUGAGCAUCCGACGGCAGAAAGGUCACUUCAACCUCGAUAGUCUCAAGAUCAGGAAGCCAGCAAAGAUUCUGGAAGACUUGCACACGGCGCUGCGGGCCGCGUUGAAGAUGCGCCGGUUUGCUGUAACCGAGAAGGGUUACUUUGCGCUAGUGCCAAGAGGUGCCCAACUUGGUGAUGAGGUUGCUAUCUUUGAUAGGGCAUGUGUACCCUUUGUAAUUAGGAGGAAGCAAGUUGGUGGAGACGUUGGAAAGUUCGAGCUAUUGGGUGAAGCGUACGUACAUGGGAUCAUGGAGGGCGAAGUCAUGUCUAUGGAGGAUAUCGCGCUCCAAGACAUCACGCUUGCCUAA